AUGGCGGAAAGAGGGUUUGGAGGUUUCUGGAGAGCGGUACCAUUCUUAGGAUAUCACCAUGUGUUGAUGAUAUUGAUUGCAGUUACCAUCAUUUUGCUCUCUCUUCUACUAGCAGGAUGUUCAUCUUCAUCGCCUAUGAUACCCGAUAUUUUCCUUAUUUCUCUCUACUACCAAUCAUAUACACCAGUACCUUCAACAGCACAAACCGACUAUAAUGUACACACAGCGAUAACGAAUAUCGUUGGUCAAGCACGAUUAGCAGCAAGAGUUGGAUACUUUGGUAUCUGUAUCAAUCCAGAUGGAGGUGCAUGGUUAUGCAGUAACAAUGCAACUGCAUUAGCGAAUGAAGUGAGCGUGGAUCAAGAUCCUUUGAACUUGAUUUGGCUUGCAAGUCAAUUCAAAGAUAUGAUUGUUUUCCCUUACCUAAUUAUCAUUGCAAUCAUCUUUGCGUUCAUCUGUCUCAUACUUCUAGCCACAUUCCCUGGAUGGCACGAAGAAGAAGAUGUCCAUGAAAGUGAGAACCGAGCAGUCAAACCUUUCCCAUCCCGAUUUGUCUCCCAAAUCGCCCUCGCCAUCAUCUUUAUCGCCUCAAUCUUUGUUCUCGUCUCCGUCCUAUGGCAACAUACAGCUUCGGUAGCCGCUUCUAUCAUAGCCCAAGACCUCGGGAAUGGUAGCGUGAGAAGUGGUGUUGGUAGCACAGCUAUGGUACUUGGAUGGUUCUCGUUUGCUCUUCUCAUCAUUGUAACGAUUGGUUUACUGGUCAUGAUAUUGAGUAUAAGAGUUUUGUCGGAGACAUUCGGUUGA